AUGUCUGACGAUGGCAAUCACUCGGCGACAGACAUCAUCACCUACAUUGGUGUGCCCCUGGCCGUGUUAGGAGUCCUGCCGAUCCUGUACAACACAUUCGCAACCCUCGUCUCGCUGUCGCGCAUCAAGCGCAUGCUGCGGCGCAGCCGCCUGCCCGCCCUGACGAGGAGCGACAUCGUGAACCGCAUCAUCGAGAUCGAGCUCCCGCGCUACGCCGUGAUGCCCCUCGACCGCUUCCAGGACCGCGCAAAGUACUGGACCCUAUCAAACCACCCCAGCCCCAUACCCGGCGGCACCUGGACCACCUUCAACUGGCGGACGCACUCCAUCGGGAUCAAGAACCAGCGCGUCGAGUACGCCGACCAGGUGCGCCAGCCGCAGGUCGACAUCUCCUUUGACGAGCUGGUGUGCUACCUGCUCGACCUCGGCGCCGUGGCGAACCCGCAUGGGUGGAAGCUGCUGCGUUCGACGGGGCUCUGGACGCCUGUGGGUUGCUGCUUGAUGACGUCUCCCGAUGGGAAGGAGGACGCGCUCACCAUAGCCCCGUCGGAUGAUGCGGAUGGGAACCUCUCCCUGGCUGUUGCGUGGUCCAGCUCUUGGAUCACGAGAGAUUAUGCCACCCUGCCGCCGUACUGGGUGCGUCUGCCGCCACCCCCGGUGAAGGAGCCGGCGGUGGAAGAAGUGCAAGCAGAAGGUUCACAACCGGAGAGCUCUGCAGCACCUGAGUACGAAUCUCGACCCGGCUCGGAAAAGGGCCUGACGAAGGAUGAGGCUUCAAGGGGGAACUCGAUCGAGUUGGACUCUAUCCAGAAUGGGAAUCGCGCCAGUGCCAACAAGGCCAUCACUUGCCAGAUUUCCCUGUCCGGUAUUGUCAGCGCGCUUACACAGCAAGAGUUCUACAGCAACCAGAGCACGCCGAAUCUCGACAGCCUCUACAUUGACCAUCUCCGCAUCACGCCCGGCAAGUCGAACGGGGUAUGGUUCGCCAGCGCGGCGACCGCCCUGGGAACGUCCAGCCAGACUAUUCUGUGGAAUUACAAGAUCCCGGACGAGAUUCUGUACUUUGCGAGGAAGGAGACGGUGCCCUGCGGCGUGCUUGAGGUCAUCGGCAUGGUUGACGAGUCAGAUACGCCCGAGUGGGCAACGAAACACCAUGACUACGGAGCGUCACUUGACCAGUUCACGAGGCAGCGCCAGCAGCAGCAGGCUGCGAUGGCUGCUGAGGCUCGUAUGGCCCCGGCCCAGCGGGAGGCUGCGGCGAGAGACAGGAUGCGUCAGGAAAACGAGCAGCGCAUGCAGGAUAUGCGAGAUAAGCUGAGAACGCAACAACAACGACGAGACCAGCGCAUGCUCGAGGCCCUACAGAGCCCCAAAUGGGACGGGAAACUUGUCGCCGAGCACUGCUUUCGCUGGCUCAAGCAUAGGAACUGCUGGGAUGAAAAGUCGACGGCGAAGGACGUGGCAGGGUUCUUGUUGCACAAGAUGGUCCUCGAUGGGGAGUUCUCCUCCGAACUAUGCCGCAUGUUGGAUAGGUGGAAGGCUUGGGGUGAAGUUGGAGGCAUGAAGAAGGACGAUUACCUGUUUCUCCAGGAGAAUCAAACAAUGUUUUCCAACGCCGCCCUUCUGGUUGCUUUGAUUCGGGAUACGUCGGUGGCGGCGGAAGGGACUGUCUCGAUGGAUCUACAGGAGUGUCUACGGAUGUGGAAGAAGGUUAGGCUUGGCUAA